AUGCUAUAUUUAAGGUGCGAGUUUGAAUAUUGGUUGCUAUUAAUUCGUGCUGGCGGUGGCUGGGACUCGGGAAACAGAGGAUGGAGGGGCACUCUGCCGGCGGCGGCGGGGUGGCGGGGGGGAGGUCUCGGAGUUCGCAGUCGUCACAGUCCGCCGUCGCAUUCGGCGUCGGCUUCGGCUUCGAGCUCCGCUCGGCAGAAGAGGAAGUACCAGGCGACAGUCUCGGCGGUGGCACCGCCGAUCGGCGGCCCGUUCGCGGUGCCGGAAUCUGGGGUUGGAAGCGCCGCUCUCGCUUCCAACGACGACAUGGACAGCAUCAGCGCGAAGGAAGAGGAGGGGGAUGAGUACGAGGACGAGGAGGAAGACGAGGAUGAGGACGGAGAUGAGGAUCAGGAUUCCAUGAGGACCUUCACUGCUGCGCGCCUCGAGGGCCAGAACGCCCCGGGUGUUUCCGGGGGAAGUGGGAAUCCAGGAGCACGAAGCCACCCAAGUCGGAGAACCCCUCCGCGAUGAGCGGUGGCGCAGGGUCAGAGAUCGGCGGGAAGGAUGACCGGGGAGCUGCCGGCGCAGUCGUCGGUGGGGAACGCUGGGGGAGCCUCCGCGAAAGAGGAGGCAGCGAAGGGGAUCUUCACGGAGAACCUUCAGACGAGUGGAGCUUAUUGUGCCAGGGAGGAAGGAUUGAAGAGAGAGGCAAGUCCACUACAUUAUCAUCAUCAUCUUGUUUGCAUUCUUCUGUCCCGCCUGUGCCUCUGCGUCAGGAAUUUCGUUAGUGUAGGGUAUUCGUCUGUAAUGUUUCCAAACAAGGAUUUCGAUCGUAGAGAGAAUUCGAAGUUAUAGAAGUUACGUGCUACAUUUCAUAGAACUCCUUGCAUAAUGUUUCUUCUCUUCGGAGAAUCCAUAUCCACAAUGAGCUCUCUUUUCUAUUCAUGCAAGGUGGAUUUUAAGAAAAUAAGAAACCUCUGCACUUGUCUUCCUGCCCCCCCCCCACCUAUCCAAUUAUGACAGUUCCUUUUUCAGAUGUUGAGUCUAAGAGAUGAUCUCUCCUUUCGUACAUCUGGAAUUCUGUCUGUCUAGCUACCAUAGAGUUCUAGAAUAUGGUAGUUAAUAACAAAAAUUAUGCCUGCAGGAAGAUUCAGGAAGGCUUAAAUUCCUUUGUUAUGCAAAUGAUGGAAAUGACGAGCAUAUGAUCUGGUAUUCCUUUUCUUUGAUUUCUGUCCUCUGUAAACUUUCGCAUAAUAAGACUGUAUGGUCUGAUAUUCUUUGCCUUAGGUUGAUAGGAUUGAAGAACAUUUUUGCUAGGCAACUUCCUAAUAUGCCAAAGGAGUACAUUGUUCGCCUGGUGAUGGACAGGUAGCACUCCUAUUUUAAGAGACUUUCAUCCUGAAUGACAUUUAAGAAUGUCUGGAGUUUCAUUUUAGUGAUUACUUGGUUGGUCUCACUAGAGUCAUUUGUCUCUUUUCAUUAAGAAUGCUCGUUCUUCUACUUGUCAAUUAAGAAUUCUCAUUUAUUUGUCAGUUUUUGUGUUAUUCUUUAAUUUGAGUUAUAAUUAUUUAUUUAAUAUGUUUUGCCUUUUUCUUUUCUUUUUUGUGUUUCACGAGUUGUAGUUUAGAUAAAAUUUGCUACUUUACUGAACUUUAUGUAAUCUUUAUCCACUUUCCUUUUUUUUUUUUUUUCGGAGAUGUUUAGAUUAGUUUAUAAAACUUUGAAGGCCAUGAGAAUGUAAAUUCUCUUUUUAUCCAACAGUAUAUAUAUUAUCUUCAAAAUUUGUGCAUACAGAGGGAAUAGAUUUAGCAACUAUGAAUAUGCAAAUUUAAUGGUGAAAUUAACUUUAUAAAGGCCAUUACUUUUUGGAAGUGGUUAGAAUAUCCGUUAUGGGAAAAAAAAGUAUAUAUGCACGUACAUACUUGAGUACAUUUCGUACAAUGGUUAAUAUAUAGUUUCAAUUAAAAUAAAAUAUUAUGGGCAAAAUCUUUCUCUUCUAUCACAUGCACCAAUGAAGAAGAGAUCAUCCCAGUAAUUUGUAGAUCUGGAUCAUAUAUACUGAGCCAAAGGAAAGGAACAUACCAAUUAUAUAGACUAAUGUGUAACUUUGUGGUUUAUAUGUGAGCACAACUUUAGUAAAUGCGUAUUGUGACAAAAAAUGUGCUAAAUUACAGCAAGAGUUGAAGCAAGUAAGAUCAUUUUGGAUAAAAAUAGCCAUUAAACUGAAUUCGAUAAUAUAGGAUUUAGAAGAGUAGUCCAGAGGAUGAAAAAAACCCCAUUUCUCCCAGUAAUAAAUGUACGGUAAAGUCUUUAGUGAAACCGUUUGAGAACUUUCAUGAAUGUAAUAUAGAGGUCUUUCCAAUAUUAUUAAUGUAGAAGAGAAGUGGCUGCCGUAUAUAUGGUCUUUAUGUGGGUAUGGGAUAAGAUGAAAGAGCAGUUGAGAUUUAUAUGGAAUGAAGACGGAGGCAGUUUUGUUCUUGUUUUAUUGCUAGGCCUUUAAUUUCGUCCUACACCUUGCUGGUAUAGGAGACAACUGAUGUAUCUUGUUUCCUUCGAGAGAUUGCGAGUCACAUGGUUGAACAAAAAACUCUUUUUAGGUUUGUGUGGAUACCUUUAAAAUUAAUCAUGUGUGUGAAUAUCUUUUUUUUUUUUACUGACUGUGGUGGGGACUUUGACAUUGUUCUUGAUCAACAUCAUACUAGAAUCAAUGUUAGAUAUCUUUGCGGCUUAGCAUUUACAAUUUUUCCCUUUAAUCUCCUAGUUUUGCUUAUUCCAUUUUACACUUCUUGACUUCUGCUUUUUUGUUGUCACCUCCAGGAACCACAAGUCCAUGAUGGUCAUCAGGAAUAAUAUAGUUGUUGGUGGUAUUACUUAUCGUCCCUAUAGAAGGUAUAACUUAUGAUCUGGUUCUUAUUGAUUGUUUUGAUCCAUCAAAGAGUGAUGUAAUUCUUGUGUUUGUGUUUCAAAAUGAAGCCGGAGCAUCAGUGAUAAUUUAUAGUAUUUCCGUUUGUUCUUUCUAAUAAACUCAAUACUUUUGGGAACCUUGUUGAGGAAAACUACACAUUCAUGAUUCACAAAAUUCAGAGCUGUGCAUCAUAGUAGAAUGUUGCAUAUUUAUUUAGAAUUGACUAAUCCUUUGCAUCCGUUACCCCACAGUGAAAGAACAUUGAUGGCUCGUUGUAGUGAAAAAUAUUGCACGUUUCAUUUUCAGAUGUGAAGCUCUUGACUAUCAAAAAAGAGAACUAUUCAGAUAACUUUCAUUAUGAGGAAAAAAACAAAAAGUAAUCUCAUGUUGGUAAACAUGGGUUACUUGUGAAUUUUCAUCAUGAAAACCUUCAAUAUAACAUACUUUUGGCUCCCCUUUUUUAUUUAUUUUAUCCCCGUGUCUUCAUGCUUGAUGGCAAAAUUUCGUAGUGCCAUUCUUCAUUUGGAAAGAGGUUUUCUGCUUAGAAUUAGAUACUACAUUUUGGGGACGCGAUUGGAAUUUGAUUGCAUUAUUAGUUUUCAACAUUAUUUAAAAUAACUGUAGAAAGUUGUUAGAAUGUUGUUUGUGGUGAAAUGAUUAUGCCAUGAUUUACUUGUGGAAGAAAAAAAAAAAAACUUUGAUUUUUGUUUUUUUCUUGUAGGCAAUAACUCUUAUUACUGGCUUCUAUUCUGUCCUAUAUUUCUGUACAUUCUUUUGUUUUUAUUCUCUAGCGAAAUAUAAAACACACUGAUUGCAAAGGAUACGUUGGAUUAUGCAGUCAGAGAUUUGGAGAGAUUGCUUUCUGUGCAAUCAGAUCAGGUGAACAACUUAAGGGCUAUGGAACGAGAGUGAUGAAUCAUUUAAAGCAGCAUGCUCGUGAUGUUGACGGGCUGACUCACUUUCUGACUUAUGCUGACAAUAAUGCCGUUGCCUAUUUCAUCAAGCAGGUGUGGCUGCUCAUUUCAGCACAAAUAACAUUUUUGAAGUUAUUUGCUAAUUUGAUUUGCAUUUUUGCAUCUCGACUCUAGUUUUUCUUUUGAAAAGACAUUGGCAUGCUUACUUUAAUCUUCUUGGUCCAGUAUCACAGCUCUAUGUGAUACCAUUGACAUAAUUUAAUCUUCUUAGUCCAGUAGCACAGCUCUAUGUGAUAUUUUAAUGCUUCAUUUGUGAACUCUUGGUGGCACUUGUUCAGUUGUUAGUGAUAGUUAAAGAUGGUGCGUUCCAUUUACCUGUAUUUUUACUGCAAUAGUGGGGUUUUUUAUUUAAGAAAUACAAUGAAAGUUUCAUUUGUGUUGAUAGGGCUUCACGAAAGAGAUUACAUUCGAUAAAGAAAGAUGGCAAGGGUAUGCUUCUGUUUCCUUAUGCUUAUGUUUCAUUUGUAUGCUUAUGAUUCUGUUUCCUUUCAUUGCUUAUCUUGGUCUGUAAGAAUUCCAAAAUUGUUUUUAGAUGUCGUUUCUCAGUUAUCUGCUGUGUCGUAAAUGGGAACCAAAGAUUUCUUAUGUGUUAAAGUUCUCAUGAGGAAGAAUAUGAAGUACAAAGGUCAUGCCUAUGUAUCCUUUUGGUAUCCGGCUUCUAGACUAUUUCUGCAUUGUACAUUGAUUAUUUCUUCAUUCUUUAUGAUUAAAAUUUGGCUGCAUUGUUUUUGGUCAUCAGAAAUCCUUGAACGUUGAAAGGACCAUAGCUUUUAGUCAACCAUAACACCUUGCACUCAUUCUUUUAGUCCUUUGUUGAUUUAGCACUCUGAAAACUACAAUAUUCCAGGGAUAUGUGAAAUGACAAAAAAUUUACCUCAACAAAACUCUAGAGUUUGGUAAUGAAGGAAAGUGCUACCGCCCAAAUGAUUACACUCUGUUUUCAGUUCACUUUUGGCCAGACUACAGUGAAGAACGGGAUCAACUUUAAAAGACGGGAAUAUAAUUGAAAGAAUUCUGAUGAAACACCCUUAAUGAGGUGCUAACCCUGUAGAAAAAUUGAAGUUGGUAAAGCCAUAGAUUCUUCGACAUUUUUACAGAUUCAUGAAUUUCCUGAUUUGUAAGGAAUGAACAGUUCACAGUAAUACAUUCUGAAAGUGUUUAACGAUUGCAACUUUGAUUAAAUUUUGCUUAUUAUUUUCUUUAUUAAUUUAUUCAUCAAUUUACGUUGAAUUAUGACGAUAAUUGUGACAUGUUUGCAAAUUAAAAGGGGUGAUUUUUAUUUACCUUAAGAAAUCUUAUAUAUUGAGCAAUGCUUUACUGAAUGGCACUUAUCACCGGUCCAAAAGGAUGGUUAUUCAUCUCGGUUUUAUCGUUACUAAUAGUUUCUUCUCUUAAAACUGGUGCAUAUCCUAAACAUCUGAAGGAUCUUCUUAGUGUUUCCUAUGCAAAAGCUCUUUUCUUAGCUAAAAGUUUGUUAAAAGCUUGUUCCAUUGUCAUAAAGAUCAUAUAACGUUCAAGAUAUUUUAGUGCUUCUGGUACUAUUAGGACACCUAGAAUUAUAAGAGUUAUCUCGUAAUGCUACUUUUGGCGUACAUCUUUGUUCACUGGGUUAAAACUUGUGAGUAAAAUCUUCUGAAGAAAGAGAAUGUUUAUCUUGUAUCUUUCAGCUACUUAAAAGAUUAUGAUGGUGGUCUCCUUAUGGAAUGCAAAAUUGAUCAAAAGCUUCCAUUCAUUGAUUUAUCAACAAUGAUUCGGCGGCAAAGGCAGGUAGGUAUUCACUUUGUCUUAGUUUCAGGUGUGAAUUUGAUUUUAUCAUUGACAAUGAGAGAAAGCACCCUUUUAACCCUUACAAAUUCUCACACCCCCUUUGCGACCAUAAAGAUAUGUUUUCGCACAUAUUUUGAUAUAACCAAAGUUCUUUUUUAUAAAUAACCAUAUACAGUCACGCCAUGCUUUGGCAGAACAAAUUUUUUCGUUGAUAAUAUCGAUUUACUAUCAAACUCUCUUCAAUGCAACAAAAGUUGUUCAUACCUUUAAAUGAAACAUAUAUUUUUAAUUACCACUGUAAAUACCCUUCAAAAACCAGAAGAGAGGUACCGAAUAUUGUGGUUAUUUCACGUUGGUGGAAGGCUAUGUUCAGGUUUUUUUUGGCUGUGCCGCUGCUCUAAGAGUAAAGUCAAACUCCUAGUUACCACCUAUGCUUCUAUCAAGUUAAUUUUCAUGUGAAUAGGAUUCCAUAAUAUUGUUGAUUUCUUGUUUUAUUGGAUAUCAACGUUUUUCAUUGUCGGACAAUUAUUUGUGCAUCUAUAAACUCAUAUGUAGUAGUGCGGCAAUGAGUUCUAAAACCAUUCAUGAAAUCUCAGAUACCAUGCCAGUGUGGUUUAUGCAUUGUUAGUCAAUCUGGAUUUUGUCGGUCACAAAUCAUAAGAACAUUAGUGAUUUUAAAUCCUGAAUGUGGCAAAACCCUAUACAAUUGACAAUGCUUGGUUGUUUGGCUUGCAACUUUGGUUGUUGUGACUCUAAGUUUAAUUUUCAUUUUAUACUUGGUUGACGUUCUAUGUCAUUUACGUUUAAAAUGACAGGCAAUUGAUGAGAAGAUAAGAGAACUCUCCAACUGCCAUAUUAUUUACCCGGGGAUCGAUUUUCAGAAGGUUUCUAUCUCUCCACACAGCAGUUAAAUAACAGAUGUAUUUCAAGAAUUUUUGCAUUGACUUAUUGAGGAAAAUACGGACAUAUCAAUGUUCACCCAGUCAUCAAUGGACGCUAAGAACCUUCUGAGGACAUUGUGAUGAAUGAGGGCAUCUUACUUACAUUAUUAGUUAUUUCUUUCAAAUAAUGAAUUCAUACAUUCAUUUGAAAGCUGAAGCUUCUUAUCGACCAUUAUCAAAAAAAAAGCACAGUUUAUAUGAUCGUUGCUUUCUUCCAGAGCAUUCAAUAGUUAGGUGUAUGAAGGUGCAAAUGGCCUAAUAUUAUCCAGGGAAGAAAAACUAGGAGGCGUAUGCAUGUCAUUUUACAUCAUGGGACGAAAAACUUCGUAUUGUUUUUCUGAUUAUUACCUUUGAUAAGGGAAGGAAGUUUGUUUCCCCUCUUUCCCCACUGAUUGAUCAAUGUGAUCCCACCCGUCAAAAAAUCAGCCAUAGCUGGUUUUCUCGGAUUGGGCAUUUUUUCCUUCUAGAUUAAUAACAUAUUUUCCAAUUCGGGAGAUCUAUAUAUUCAGGUAAGAAGAAACCUGACGAUGUCUGCCCAUGCCGUUGACCAACUUGGAAUUAACUUAUGGAGUAGGUCACCACAUGCAUCAGAUGUGUUAUUCAUAGUUAUCACAUUUUUUUGGCUCUUUUAGGUUCACCGGAGUCUAGAAUCGUUCUUUUAUUGGCACUAAUAUCUGAAACAAUUCACCUGUAAGCUCCUGCCAGAUUAAUGUCAAACAGUUGCAUUUGAUAAGCAGAACUCCCUGCAUAUCCCCUUCAGCAAUUUAGCAUAUUUGGCGUCUUGCAUUUUUGGUCCACUGUGAUUGGUUACAACAUACACGAUCAUCCCUACGAAAAUGCUUCAAGAUGCUACUCCUUCCAGUGAUCAAAAUAAUCGUCAGGGAGACAUUCUGUGACUGCUAAAAUGGUACUUCAUUUUAGUAGUCAGAGAAUUUGAAUGGCAUGUGUUGAACUUUCUAGGAUUGUUUUCCUUUCUUUAUGUUUCUUUUCCAUUGUAUUUUCGUCCUUUCCUACCAUUCCCUGUGGUAAGUGGAUCCAUUAGACUGUUAACGGAUUCACUUAAAGACUAAUGUAAUGGGCCUGGCCCAUUAAGUCAUGUAACCCGUACUUAAGCGGGAAACCAUGAUAAUUGACGUAUUCAUUUUGGACUGUGGAAACCCUGCUCCAAGAAGUGGUGACUGGUUCAUCUUGCUGGAAGAGAAGGAUCGUGAAGAUUGACUCCUUUCAUUCUCCAAGUUGCACGAAUCUCAAUCAAGAUCAAUUGUCAACAACAUGGUCUUAAAUUCUUUUUUGCCAAGGUUGCGUGCCAGAUAGGCCUUUUAGAUGUUAACUCCAAGCUGUGGUUGUUCUAGGGCCCGGUAUAUAUGUGAAACUGUCUAACUAUUCAAGUUGACGAUGCUCAUACUCUGUGUCCAGACAUUUUAAACCGAUUUUCUUGCGUUUAUGUUUAAUUUGUGUUAAAACCUACUUUGAAUAUUCUUCUCUGAUAAAUCUUUGGUGAAUAUUGUUGUUAUACUUUACAUUUUUUUUUCAAAAAUUUAACUUGCUGAUAAUAAUCAUGAUGACUUUAAAUCACCAGUUGGCCGAGGAACAUGGUGUGUCCUUUUUUAUUUUUGUCCAAUUGACGUCCUCUCCUUAAGAAGAUGACUGGAAAAGGCAGUGGUGUGUUCCCUCUGUGCUGGAUACUCACUACAGUAAUUGCAAGGCAGAUAAAUUUUAUUGAGUGUUAUGAACAAAAUUGCAUUUCUAUUAUAUUUACCAUGGAUUAGCCACAAGUAUCUAUUUUUUGUAGUUUUACGAAUAUCACAGUUUAAUGAGAUGGCAAUUCUGUGAUGACUGAUGUUAUAUGGCACUUAAGAGCAGAUGAAUGAUAUUUUGCCUUUUUAUGAGUGUAUAAUACUAGCAUUGACAAUACUACUGUCAGUGUGAAAGUAUAGAGAUGGCUAUAUAUAUUCUUCCAAAUUCUUAAACAAAAGAGAUUACAUGCAUUCAAAUUGCAUGCGCAUGAUUUCAUUCUGUUCUAGAGAAACCUUGUCCACUAAUCUUUGUCUUUUUCUGUUUAAUUUAGAAAGAUGCAGGUAUUCCAAGGCAGCCAAUCAAAGCAGAGGAUAUCCCUGGAUUGAGUAAGUUGAUGUUAUGAUAUAUUGUUACACUGUCUUUCUAUUUAACGUGGCCCAAGCAAUCAAGCUUGGGCCUUUUCCCUCGGGCCUGGGGCAGUUGUCAACAAUGGCAUAUCUUAUGUAUGAAGAAGUGAAGGACUAAUACUAAUUCUUUGAUGUGCAAUCAAUGCACAAUUUUACAAGUAAAAGCACCAAAAUUUUCAAGUGCUCUUGGAACACCUGGAGCAGUCGAUGGAUUUGUAUAAAAGGCAUCAUAGGAUGUUGAUGGCAGCCUUAUUGCCAGAAAAGGUUCUUACUGGAGUCUCUACUGUUGGACCAAUGUCUAUGAGAAGAAUUUUCAAUCAUGAUAAGUUGAUUCCCCCGUAUAUCAUGUCCCCGUACUACCUGCUUACACACUAAGUUUGGCAUUGUAGCUGUUCUUCUCACUGAUGUUUCUUAGAUCCCUCCAAGGAAGAGACGAUGUCCUGUCCUAGACCUUUGUCAUCUUGAGAACCUGCCCAACCGGCAUUAGUAUCACCGUUGACUCUCUAGUGAUCAGUCUUAGAGUCUUAGGUAGUUAGCCCCUUAUGGGUCCAGAUUUCAUGGUCCCUGCGUCUCACGACUAUCUUGCGUAUUUUUCUUGGAAAAGGUGGUGAAUAUAGUUAAUGUACGAAUUAUAUGUACUAUAUCCGGCCUACUGAGUGAGUAAGGAAGCUUAGCCCUAUCAGUUGGCAGAUGCUUUCACCUCAGUCUCUUCAUCUCUUCACCACUAUCUUGCGUAAUGGUUGAACUCCUUAGGAGCAAGCAUCCCUUCAUCUCAGUCUCCUUUGUUAGAUCCUUGGUACAUUAAUGCGUUAAAUAACAGAGUCACCCGUCUAAGAUAGGAUAAAAGGGGUUUUAAUGUCAAUAUUGAGAUAUUUUUUUUGUUUUCUUAUUCUAACCGUCUCUAUUUGGGUAGGAUCGUACCCUAUUAUUUGGGGUAUGGGCAUGAUAACCCAUUCAUGUUGUCUCGUUUCUCUUGGUCUACUCAUCUUGGCAUGAUGUUAACUGUUCGUGGCCAAGUAACAAUUUGAGUUGAUCGCUAUCAUUUAUCUAAAAUAUCCUUGGUAAGUUGGCUGUUAAAACUUGAAUAAUGUCUCUCACAGACCGUGGCUUUUGUGUUAUCCAUUUCCAACUAUUCUUGGUGCCAGAUUCAUUAAUUUGCACAUGGUCUUUUCUCACACCUCUUGCUUUAUACCCCUCAAUUGUACAUUAGAGUUCUUGACAGUGGUGUGCAUCCAGAAAGUACAAACUAAUUUUUUAUAGUGGAAGGUCCACUUUACACUAUUUAUCUUUAAAGCAUUUAUUUCCUAAUACAAUAUCUUUUCCCACUUUUAGUCGUUGACAACCUCUACAAUAGAAGUCAGUGGACUGGAAGAAGAUGAGAUGGAAGAAGAAAACGAUAUUCUGGAGGGGAAAGAAUGUGUACAGUGAACAUAUUUCGAAAUAAUAUUUUAAUGGACCAUAUGGCCCCUUUCUUAAUAAUAGCAUACAGUGUUUGGCUGUGAUUCACAAGAAAGAUAAGUGAUGUGUUAUCGAUCAGACUCUACAUUCUUCACUUGGCAACUGGGCAUCAUUCCAAAAGAUCAAUUAUGUUGGGUGGGCGGGUUGCAGGAGUCCAUGAAAACCUUCUUUUUUACACGCUUUUAAUGUGUAUUCGCUCCCAAAACUGUUGUCUACAGUUACACACAUCUGGCUUUUCAUUUGUCCAGUUGGAUUUUAAUUUUUUUGAGAUUUCCUAGUUUCGUCAGGUAAUCUGAAUGAAGACUUUGUCUUAUGAUUUUUCAUGUCGCGUUUUGCAUCACGAUGACAAUUUAAAUUUAUUAGCCCACUUUUGUUUCUUUUCCUGUCCUACUUUUUUUUUCUGUUUAUCUAAUUUGCAAGGAGUAUUACAGGAGAAGCUGGUUGGACGCCAGAUCAAUGGGGCCACUCACGUUUUCGACCGAGCAGUGCGUCAUUUGAUAGCGCUAUCUAUCGUCAGUCAAUAAAUGCUUUCAUGCGCCAACUUCUGAAGGCAAGUCUCUUUUAUUUUUAGGAAACACCGGCAAUUAGAUAACUUCUUGGUGUGCGCCUGAGUUCUCUGAAAAGUCGUUCAGAUUAUGAGAAUCUAGGUAAGUAUUCAAUUUAUCUGUCAAUUACGUAUCAGUUCACUUGCAAAAAGGUUUUGGUUAAUAAGGCAGGCAGAAUACCGAAUUCAAUUGUUUUGUCGAAAUUGUAUAAAUACCCUACCUACCUAAAUUGACAGAAAAAUACAUACGUUGUCAGUCUUUUGUUUUAUUUUGAGAGUGUCGUCUCAAGCAAUCUGUCUAAUGUGAUGGUUAGUCAGGUAAGUUUUAUUGACGUUAACAUGUCGUACAUUUGGAAGUCUUAUCUAACAUUAUUGAUUUUUUAUCUUUCAACUUUUUGAAUAUUCUCCGAUUAUCUUAUAAUUUAGACAUUUAAUGCAAGGAAUGAAUGGUUGAUCAGAAAAGUUUAAGUAAAGUAAAUUAUUCGUAUGUUCCAUAUCAAGUAAAUUAGUGGAUUUUCUUCUUUCAAGGGAUUUAAGUUUAAUACAUAUGGUUCCCCCCGAUAAAAAGUCUUAAUACCCUAUGUUCCUGGAAGAUCAUCUUAUUACUCGACAUGUGUACACACUUGUAGCUUUUCUUUGUAAAAACCUAAUGAAUUGUAUUGAAGUUUCGUCUGCACGAUUGAUGUUAGCUGUAGUGUCACAUACGCUGCUGUUUUUCUCCGUUGUACAGCUAAUGAACGAGCAUACAGAUGCAUGGCCAUUCAAAGAGCCGGUUGAUGCUCGGGCAGUUCCUGACUAUUAUGACAUCAUCAAAGAUCCAGUAGGUGGGUACUAAGCACGCAUUUUACUUAUUUAAAUUAUCUAGUUAGAAAAAAUCCAGAAAAAAUUGAGCUUGGCAAGUUGACUCUUUAAGAAUUCAGAUCAUAAGGCUAGUUUGCCACUCGAUUCUGUCUUGAAUUUGUUUAUAGUUGUACGAAUUGGGACUCACUCAAGUCUAUCGGACAGUUCUUAAUAUUUCUUACUCGCAAUUUUAUUUUUUUGUGGUGAAUACCUUCUUGAAUAAAAAGUCAACUGCAGACCAUUGACAGCUUAUGGAAACAUUGCUCUGCGUAAAAAUUGUAUGCAUCCAUCUAUAUAUAUAUAUAUAUAUAUAUAUAUAUAUAUAUAUAUAUAUAUAUUUCUUGCAACCUAAUUGAUGAUUUCAAACAGCCAAUUCCAGACCAUUAACAGCUUGUGGAAACAUUGCUUUGCGUAAUAAUUGCAUGCAUCCAUCUAUAUAUAUCUUUCUUGUAACCUAAUUGAUGAUCCCAAAGAGCCAACUGCAGACCAUUAACAGCUUAUGGAAACAUUACUCUGCUUGAUAAUUGUAUGCAUCCAUCUCUCUCUCUCUCUCUCUCUCUCUAUAUAUAUAUAUAUAUAUAUAUCUAUAUCUAUAUCUUUCUUGUAACCUAAUUGCUGAUUCCGAAGAGACCUAUUAAGAAUCUCUGCAUUCCAGAGCUUACCCAUGAUGCUGACAUUCUUGAUUGUUCCACAGAUUUGAGGACGAUGUCUAGGAGAGUGGAGUCAGAGUAUUACGUAACACUUGAGAUGUUCGUCGCCGACGUGAAGCGGAUGUUUGCAAAUGCUCGAACCUACAACACCCCCGAAACCAUAUAUUAUAAGUGUGCAACAAGGUGGGAAAUAAUCAGCUCCAUGUCCUUCCCUUAUGUGCGAUUAUCCUAAAUCAUGCCGUUGAUUCAUGUCCUGUCAUAUUUCUGUGAUAUUCUCUAAAACCCCCCAUUCUUGAGCUGACCUCAGGGGGUCCCCCUCUCCUUUCAGGCUGGAAGCGCACUUCACAGGAAAGUUCCAUUCAGAGUUCUCGAGCUACAUAGGUAAGUUCAGCCACAAUGUGCGGACCGCACCCAUCUCGUAG